GUAUAAAUUGGCCGAGGAUUCAAAACCGAGGCAGUUGCUCGUACACCUUCGUACCAACCAGCCACGAUGUUCAGCAAGACAGUCCUCGUCGCCUUCGUGGCCCUGUGCUGUGCCCAGGCCUUCGUGUCUGCGGCUCCCCAUGAUGAGAAGGACAUCAUCUCCUUCAGCAACUACCAAGGCAGAAGCAUCAUAAAGUGCUUGAGCCAGAGUUACAUCUUCGCCAAGGACAGCAUGCCCAUCGUCGCCGGAUUCGGCAAGAUUCUCGUCAACGCGUACACCGGGGCGAAUGCCUGCGCCUCCAUGGACGACAAUGCCGAGCCCCCCGCGGGUGCCAUCAAGGCUUGCUACAAGAACGUCUUCGACGAGGCGGUGAACAGCCUCCACGCCUUGCGCGAGGAGUUCCGUAAAGUCAUUUACGCUGACGCCCCCGUGAUCCACAUCAUCGCUACGGAUUGCUUCGGCCUGGAAUCACACUAAAAGCCUCAAUUUGAAGUUCGAACUAUGGUACAGGGAAUCCGGCGCAAGCAUGAUACGAAACAAAAUUGCUCCGAUUGAUUAGAAUCUUUUAUGGGGGCAUUUUUAUCGCGAGAUGCAAAGAAGCAGAGAAAAUCCGUCGUCACACGACGAAGAAAAUCUACGUUCGUAUUAUGCUUGCGCCGUUUUCUUCGUACUAUAAUGAAUUUCCGCGAAAGGCAUUUGAAGUGGGGGUCUACACGGUAAAAACGGUACCUGGUUUUCCCAGGGAAGCCUAUGGUAGAGAGACAUAGGCAAUUUCCAGGGAGAUCCUGCGAAAACCAGGAACCGUUUUUACCGUGUACUGUGAGAUUAUUCAAUAAAUAAUAACACAACAUAA